AUGCCGUCGUCCGCGGCCACCGGCGGAUCAGAAUUAGUCUGGCCGCCGCCGCCAUACUCGUCCGCGUCGGCGAUCGUCGGCGGCACGGUGACGGGGCACCACAUCCUCCAGAUCGACGGCUACUCCUACACAAAGGAGAAGCUCCCCCACGGCAAGCUCAAGUAUUCCCGCAUGUUCAAUGUCGGCGACCACCAAUGGCACCUCAGGUACUACCCCAAUGGCCAGGGCUCUGCCAACGCCGAUUACAUCUCCGUCUACUUGGGCCUCGAUGCGGCCGCCGCCGGGCACGCGAAGGAGCAGCCGAUGAAGGCGCGAGCCACGUUCAGCUUGCUCGACCGGGCGGGGAAACCGGUUCCGUCCUACACGCUUGACGCGGGGAUGCACGACUUCGCCGUGGGUGGAUCCGGAUUCGGCUACCAUCAGACCGGCCCUUGGCAUCAGUUCGUCAAGAGGGAGCUCCUCGAGAAGUCCGGGCAUGUCAGGGACGACGGCUUCGCGAUCCGGUGCGACGUCACCGUCGUCGUGGAGCUCCGCACGGAGGACCGGACGCCGCCGUUGGUCGAGGUGCCGCCGCCCGACCUGCACCGGCACCUCGGCGGCCUCCUCGAGUCCGGGGACGGCGCCGACGUCACGUUCCACGUCGCCGGCGAGGAGGUGCCCGCGCACCGGUAUAUUCUUGCGGCGCGGUCGCCGGUGUUCAAGGCGGAGCUCUUCGGCCAGAUGAAGGAGAGCAGCAGCAGCAACACCAUCGUGAAGGUUGACGACAUGGAGGCGGAGGUGUUCAGGGCCCUCCUCGCCUUCAUCUACACCGACGCGCUGCCGGAGACGAAGACGAAGGCGAAUCAAGAGGACGAGCUGGUGAUCGCGCAGCACCUGCUCGUCGCGGCGGACAGGUACGGCAUGGAGAGGCUCAAGCUGCUCUGCGAGGAGAAGGUGGUCGAGUACAUCGACCGGGGCUCGGUGGCGACGCUCAUGGCGUUGGCAGAGCAGCACCAUUGCCAAGCCCUCAAGGAGGCGUGCUUCCGGUUCCUCGAGUCGAAGGAGACGCUGAACGCGGUGAUGGCGACCGACGGCUUCCUGCAUCUGAUGCAGAGCUGCCCAUCUCUUGUCAAGGACCUGGUUUUCAGGGUUGCUGACCGUCAUUUUCAGGACAGCUCAGUGAGCUCUGCCUGCUCGACGGCGACAGCAGGGCCCAACGAUGAGCUCCGCGAGGGAGGAGGCGAGCUCGUCGAACUUGAGCAGUUGCCGCGCGCGCCCGUGGACAGCCGAAGCAGGGGCCUUCCCCUACCCCUCCUCCUUCUCCUUCCCGUCGACGAUGUCGUCGCCGCCGGCAGCCUCCUCACCCUCGCCAGCCUCGCCAGGUGGAACCCGAGCGAGCGGAUCCACAGUGCAACGGUGGUGGAGAGGAGCGCAAUGCAGUGGCGUGCGGCGGACGGCGGCUGGCGGGAGAUGAGCGAGUGCCACGUAGCCUCGCCGCUAUCCCAUCUCCAUCCUCGUCGUCUCCGGGUGGGACAGCGGUGCGGGAGGAUAGUAGUUGUCGUCGUCGGGCCUUCGCUUGCCACCGAUAUGCUCCACCAGCCGUCCAACUGCUCCGCUCCGCUAGCCGGCUGCUUUGCCCCGCUCGUCGGCCGCUCACCGCCCAUCCCGCUCUACCGGCCGGAGAGAGAGAAUAGAGAGAAGAAAGGAAACAAAGGAUGGGAGUAG